CGAUUGCGGCCGUAGAGUCGCAAGAUUUACUAAGGCAGGUUCCAGGACCAAUAGCUCCGCGACCUCCAGAUUAUCGAGUUCUCAAGGGCACUCGUUAUUACAGGAGUACUCGCUAUUAUACUGAACUCGCGUAGUGGCAUUGCGAGGGUCCGACGGGGCGAUCCUGCUGGUUCCAGGUUCAGUGCCCUGGUGCUUUGCCGGCUCUGCUGCAGCGUUUUCCUCCCGAGGAUUCUCACACGUCCUCCGCACCAGUUCCCGUGUCGCUCGUCUUACAGGUCCUCGGUACCAAUCGCCUUUUGCCACGUGUUAGAGACCCUCUGCAGCGGUAGCAGUCGCUCGAAGCCCCCGCAGCGCCAACAGGCGUUUAGAGCCAUGGCGGAGCGGCGCGACGCCGUGAUGGAGUGUCUCUUCUGAUUCGACUCUCACGUCACACCGCGUCUUAGAGGUCUUAGAGGUGCUCUGCAGCAGCCCGAGGCUCAAGAGUCACCACGUUUUAGAGGCCCUCUGCAGCGGCAGCGGCGGUCGAUUAAAGCCGCCAUGGCGGAGCGGCGCGACGACGUUAUGGAGUCGCUCUUCGGGGCCGACUCCGACGGCUCCGGCGACGAAAAGGGCAGCCCCGCCCGCUCCGGUGACGAUCGCCCACGUCGCAGCUUGAGUCGCUCGGCGAGCGACGCCAGUGCGAAGGAUGAGCCACGUGGCAGGCGAGGGACCGGUUCUGGUGACGACUGGGACGACCGCCGAGGGGGAGGGGAUCGGGGGGAGGGGGGAAAGGGGGAAGGGCGGAGAGAGGAAAUGAACGGGGGAAGCGGGGGGGAAGGGAGGGGGCGGAGUACGAAGGGGAGUGAUGAGGAGGAGGGGGAGAAGGUGCGGAGCCAGGCGCAGAGGCGACGAGGGGGGCGACAGGUGGUAGACGAUGACGACGAUGAUGAGGAGGGGGGUGAGGGGGGUGGGACGAGGAAGGGAGGGUUUGGAGGGAGGCGAGGGGGGAUGGAGGAUGAGGAAGAGGAGGUGUUUGAGGAGAGGCAGGAGGAGAGGGGCAGCCCGAGGUCUCCGAAGCACCGCCACUCGCCUCGUUCGCCCAGCCCUUCCACGCCUUACCUCACCUUACCUUACCUCACCUCACCUCACCUUACCUCACCUCACCUUACCUCACCUCACCUUACCUCACCUCACCUUCCCUCACCUCACCUUAUCUUACCUUACCUCACCUCACCUUACCUCAUCUCACCUGACCUCACCUCACCUUACCUCGCUUCGCCUCACCUCACCUCUCCUCACUGUAGCUUUUGCACUCACUCGCAUCCCCAGCCCGCACCGUGUGAUUCACCCCUUGCUUCGGCUUCGUCUGCUCAUCUGCUGCAUCUUUGCGGUGCCAGCAGGGGCAGAGAGAGGGACGGAAGUGGGGAGGAGCGGGAGAGGGAGGGUGGGGAGCGCAGGGGGCAACGGCAUGUGACGGAAAGAGACGUGUUUGGAGAGUCGAGCGAGGAGGAGGAAGAGGAGGGGAGCAGGAGGCAGAGGAAGGGGAGCCGCUCACCUCAAGGCACUCCUCUCGCCUCCCCUCAGCGGGAGGCAUAUGACUCAGAGGACGAGCAGAGGGACGAUAGGACGGGGUAUGAGGAGGAGGGGAGGUGGGAUGAGGACGGGGGGGAGCGACGGAGGGCCAAGCACCGACCAAAGGGGCCUCCUUUGGAUCUGGAGCUCGCUCUCUUUGACCCCCCUGCCCCGCCAGACAAGAUGGUGAUGGUGAUGGCCAGCAACAUUGUGGGCAUCCAGUCAGCGCCCUUCGACCAAGACACCUACGAAGAGGGUGGCCCGCAGAACCUGAUUCGCUGGCGGCGAGUGCGUCAGCCGGAUGGCAGCAUGGGGGUGGAGAGCAACGCGCGCAUGGUGCGGUGGUCCGAUGGCUCGCUGCAUCUGCUGCUGGGGGCGGAGGUGCUGGCGACGGACAUCAAGAGCAUGCAGCAGGACAAGGCGCAUCUGUUUGUCAGACACCCCAAGCAAGGCGUGGUGCAAGGGCAGGGCCAGCUGCUAGAGAAGAUGCGGUUUCGGCCGUUCGACACGCACAGCCUGAUUCACAAGAAGCUCACCCUGGGGCUGGACUCCAAGUACCGCAAGGGCAAGGAGCUCAAGAGCAUCGUCACCACAGGGGACCCCGAGAAGGAGAAGGAGGAGCGGGAGCGGAGCAUACAGCAGCAGAUCCGCAACAAGGAGAACUUGAGGCAGGAGCAGGAGAAGCGGGCACGCAAGUACACCAACCAGGCACCGCAGCGGGCAGCGCGGGACAGGGAGCAGCAGCGAUAUGGGGGGGGUUACAGACAGCAGAGGGAGGAGGAGGGCUAUGGGUACGGAAGGGAUCGCGGGAGAGGCGGGGGUGGGCGGCGAAACGAGUAUGAGAGUGAGGAGGAAGAGGAGGAUUAUGAAGAGGAUGAGGAGGAGGAAGAGGACAUAUACGACCGGCGUCAGGGGAAGAGACGCUCCCCCUCCUACGACCAUCGGCCCUCAAAAGCCGCAAAGAGCUCAGGCAGGGGAGGGCGCUACAGUGAUGAGGAGGAGUCAGACGACGAUAGGGGCAGGGGGGGGGGGCGGGGAGGGGGGGAGGAGCACGGGGGGGAUGAGGAGGAUUCGAUGGAGGAGAGGGAGGAGAGUAAGAAGCCUGCAGCUUGGAGGCGGAAGAGAGUGGUGGAGAGCGAUGAGGAGGAUUAAAAAGGAUGGAGGAUUAGGUACCGGAGGAUGGGUGGUGGGAUGGGGCUGAUGAAGAAGAGGCACUUGGCUGUUCUCGGCACGAACGAACUCCUGAAUCCCCCAGCUGCUUGACCCUAGCCAUCCACGUAUCAACAUACGGUAACAUACCUUCUCAUCCAAUGUGGCACCUGCAUGUCUCCCCUCCCCUGCAUCUUGGGGUUCUUCCUGUGUUGUGACAUUGAGCCUCAACUUCAGAGUUGAGGCGGUAUUCAAUAUCAGGGCCUUAAAGCCCGAGUCUAGAAUGGUAAAAAACCAACUUUCCUGACCAUGAAAACAGUGCCAAAAAAUUCCAGCGAAUAAAUCUUCGGCAAAGCUGUUUGAAGAAGGUUUAGCUAGUUAUGCAUGAGAAUGGUGAGAGGUUUUAGCUAGGUAGAGAACAGAGGAUGGAUUAGACAAGAGAGAUACAAGUAGGGUGUUGUACCCUUUACAAAAGGAAUCAAUAUUGUAGAACACU